UCGACAACUUCUGCCCCAUUCGAGAGGAUCGUCUUUACGGGGUGUGUGGAAAAGUGUGCUUUUUCGUGUCACAAUUCGACCUUUUGCGGGAGAAGAAAGUUAAACAUCGAUCGAUGUAAAUUGCUGUACUUUUCGUUGGUCAUUCAACUGUGGACUUUAGGAAUUAUUCGUCACAUCUGACCGUACAUCUGAUGGAGCUAAAAUUAGGUCGGCAGUUGUGAAUUGGCUAACCAGUGCGUUUGGUGCGGUUCUGCUGUAGUGAAAACGCGUUGUGAAGACCGAGAAUAUACGCACCUAAAAACUCACGAUACAUCGGAGUGCAACGAACUGAAAAAAAGGUAGCUGGGAAAAUAAAUAGGCGAACUAGAACUUCCCCAUUCCAACCAUGGAUAAGCAGCACGUGCUGAAGAACAACAUGAAGAAUGGCUCCGUCCGGGUGCAGAUCGUCCCGUCGCAGCCGAAGACGCUCUCCCAUCUGCCGGCCCGGCCGCCGGUCGACCUGGCCUUCCACAAUCUCACCUACCGGGUCAAGGAAGGGCGCCGCAACAAUGUGAAGACCAUCCUGAAGGAGGUAAGCGGCAAACUGCGCUCUGGAGAGCUGACUGCCAUUAUGGGACCGUCGGGAGCUGGCAAGAGUACGCUGUUGAACAUUCUUUCCGGAUACAAGACGACCAACAUCGAUGGAUCGAUUACGAUGAACGAAAAGGAGCGCAACCUGAGCCAGUUCCGCAAGCUUUCCGCGUAUAUCAUGCAAGAUAACCAGCUUCACGCCAACCUGACUGUGGAGGAGGCGAUGAAUGUGGCGGCCAGCCUCAAACUGAGCCAGACGGUCGAGAAGAGUCAGAAGCAGCAUGUGAUCAAAGAAAUUUUGGAAACACUCGGCCUGGAGGAACAUCGGCCCACGCUGACACGUAAUCUGUCCGGUGGACAGCAGAAGCGCCUCUCGAUCGCUCUCGAGCUGGUCAACAAUCCACCGAUCAUGUUCUUCGACGAGCCCACCUCCGGUCUGGACAGCUCGACCUGCUUCCAGUGCGUGAGCCUGCUGAAGUUCUUGGCACGUGGUGGUCGCACGAUCAUCUGCACCAUCCACCAGCCGUCGGCCCGGCUGUUCGAGAUGUUCGACCAGCUGUACACGCUGGCCGAUGGGCAGUGCGUGUACCAGGGUAGCACCCGGCAGCUGGUGCCGUUCCUUGGCACGCUCGAUCUCGAGUGUCCCUCGUACCACAAUCCGGCCAGCUACGUGAUCGAGGUGUCGUGCGGCGAGCACGGUGAUCACACGCGCAAACUGGUUAACGCGAUCGAGAAUGGCAAGAAGGACAUCCGGACGGAGCUGGACUUCCCGGCGCAGAAGAACAAGAAGAACGAGAACGCGGCCAACGGAAACGCAAACCUGAAGGUGAACUACGAGCGCAUGAACGGCGGUGCGAACAAGUACGCGGACAAUCUGAACCUCGGCGGCAACGGGCUGCUGCCACCGUCGAUGGUGAACGAUAUCGCGAAGGAAACGGAAACGAUCAAGAUUGCGGUCGAACCGGAAAAGGAGCCGGAGGUGAGCAGUGCGCUGCUGCCCUCGGUAGGUUCGGUGGACAGUGAUCAUUCGCCGAAGCGCUACCCGACCUCCGAGUUCCACCAGUUCUGGGUGGUUCUGAAGCGAACGCUGCUCUUCAGCAGACGCGAUUGGACUCUUAUGUACUUGCGUUUGUUUGCUCACAUCCUGGUCGGUUUCCUGAUCGGCACGCUGUACUACGAUAUCGGUAACGAUGGUGCUAAGGUGCUUAGUAACCUUGGUUUCCUGUUCUUCAACAUGCUGUUCCUGAUGUACACGUCCAUGACAAUUACGAUUCUAUCAUUCCCACUGGAGAUGCCGGUAUUAUUGAAGGAAAAUUUCAAUCGAUGGUACUCGCUGCGAUCGUACUAUCUUGCCAUCACCGUCUCGGAUAUACCAUUCCAAACCAUCUUCUGCGUGCUGUACGUUUCGAUCGUGUACUACUUCACAUCGCAGCCACUCGAGUGGUUCCGGUUCGCCAUGUUCCUGGGCUCCUGCCUGCUCAUCUCGUUCGUGGCGCAGAGCGUCGGGCUGGUGGUCGGUGCCGCGAUGAACGUCCAGAACGGUGUCUUCCUGGCGCCGGUCAUGUCCGUACCAUUCCUGCUGUUCUCCGGCUUCUUCGUGUCGUUCGACGCCAUUCCAAUCUACCUGCGGUGGAUCACCUAUCUCUCCUACAUUCGCUACGGUUUCGAGGGUACCGCUCUGGCCACCUACUCGUACGGCCGCGAGAAGCUCAAGUGUCACCAGGUGUAUUGCCACUUCAAAUCCCCAUCCACCACGCUGGAGGAGCUCGACAUGCUGGACGCCAACUUCACGCUCGACAUCGUGGCGUUGAUCAUCAUCUUUGUUGUGCUGCGAGUCGCGGCCUUCCUGUUCCUGCGCUGGAAGCUGAAGACUACCCGAUAAGCAUGUGACGUUGUUUCGACGAUUUUAAAAUUUGAGCUGAUGAAGAGUUGUUGCUCGUUCCAUCAAACUCCGAUACCAUCGUAGCGUAAGCCAAAGUAGCAUGUAAUGUUUUCAGAAUGUUUUUUUGUAACUGUACCAAAAAAAAAGCAACAGAAAAGCAAACGAAAAAUUGAAGGCGAGAACAAACAGUGUGAUGAUGGUCGCCAGACCUGAAAGUGAAGAAUAGCUACUCUAGAGGAGGUUAUUUUAACGACUUGACACACCGAACGUAAAGAAACAUAUCAAUCCCGCAGUGCCAGAUCCCAUACAUUUCAAACCAUUUGCCAAUUUUUGAAAUUUUCAAAUCAAAAACGUGGAAAAAGCAGCUCGAAACAAGCGUGCCUUUUUGGGUGGCACUCGGUGCGAAGGAGCUUUCUUAUGACGUAGAUAAGUACUUUCUCUUUCUCUAGCAACAGAAGGGACUUUGGAACUUUUUACUUUUCGUUUUUCGUCUUUUAACUAAACGACCCUUUACCGUUUAAGCUCAAGCGCACACGCAACGUGCGAAUAAGCGUCGAUCGAUAAUCGGAGUCGAGGAACGGGGAUUUUCUGUCUGUAGUUGAAUACCGUGUAGAGUAGAAUAUGUUUCUAAGAAACCAUGAUAACAACAACAACAAAAAACACAACUGUCUAAAUGUGAUAACAUUUUAAAUGAAAGCAAUUACAUCAUGAAUAUACAAUUUUGUGCAGGACCGAUUUGUUAAUUAGAUGAAGGAUGCAUAGUAAGCAUAAAAAUAAAAAUAACGGUGAAUAAAAAUGUGGUUUUUGUAAA